AUCACAUUUGACCAUCAACAACAACCUCAUCACCGAACCCCGUCACCAUCACUCAUCAUUCAUCAUGGUCUCACCAAAUUCAACUUCACUUCCACUUCAAAUCGAAACUCAACAUGAAGAUAUGAUUCAUGAUGCCCAAAUGGACUUUUAUGGAAAACGACUAGCGACUUGUUCAUCCGAUCGUACUAUCAAGAUCUUUGAUGUCGUCGAUCCUUCAGCUGUAGAACCAAAGUAUCAACUUGUAGAUACUCUCAGAGGUCACGACGGUCCAGUAUGGCAAGUGAGCUGGGCUCAUCCGAAAUUUGGCUCUAUUCUCGCUUCCUGUUCCUACGAUGGUAAAAUCUUUGUCUGGAGGGAAACCCAUUCUGGUCCCACCUCAGGCGCGCCUUCGAAACAAGCUGGUAGUUGGGAAAAGAUUAAAGAACAUACCUUGCAUUCUGCUUCUGUCAAUUCGAUCUCAUGGGCUCCACAUGAGUACGGUCCAAUCUUGGCUUGUGCGAGCUCAGAUGGAAAAGUUUCGGUAUUAACUUUCAAAGAUGACGGUACAUGGGAUGCUCCACUUUUCGUUGCUCAUCCAAUCGGUUGUAACGCUGUCUCCUGGGCACCAGCCAUCCAACCUGCUUCUCUCACCUCUGCCUCUCUACCUCAAAACUCACCACUAGAACCCAAGAAAUUUGCCACAGGAGGUUGUGAUGGAUUAGUGAAGAUUUGGGCCCUUAAUUCACACACACACGUUUGGGAAUUAUCAGAAACACUUGAAGGAGCUCAUACAGAUUGGAUUCGAGAUCUUGCCUAUUCUCCCAACAUUGGACUUUCUCGUACUUAUUUAGCUUCAGCUGGUCAAGAUCAACUUGUGAAUGUUUGGACUCAAGAUGGUCCUAAAUCUCCUUGGGUUCAACAUACCUUAGAUCCUUCUAAUGGUGGAUCUAAUCCUACGGGAAACCAUCAAAAGUUUGGUAGUCCGGUUUGGAGAGUUAGUUGGAGUUUAGGUGGUAAUGUUUUAGCUGUUUGUGUGGGUGAUGGAAAGAUUAGUUUAUGGAAGGAGAACUUGAAAGGCCGUUGGGAAUGCGUGUCGGAGAUGCAGCAGUGAAAUUUCAUAUUGCAAUUAUCCACUUGAUAUCUGAAUGUGUGUAUGUGACGUGAUAUCAGAGUCUGUUCGGUGGCAGCCCUUGGCUACAGUCAAAGAUGCUGGAGAACUGUAACAAUAAUCAAAAAAACCCUGCGGAUUUUUCUCAGAUUGCCAGCGCCGUUCUUUGUUUUGUCUUUUUCUAUUAGACUUGAUUCCAACUGUCAACAAGGUUUGCUAAAGGCUCUUUGUCAUUUAAACAAAUUGUUUCUAUCCUCAACUGGCAUUGCAAUCUAUGCUUACACGUGAUUUAGAAUAGUGGAAUAGACACCCAUACAAAGUAUAACAUGAUUUUAUAUUGCUGCAAAUUUGACGACGUACAUGUAAUGAUUCAAUAAGACUAUUUAUAUAGUGAGUGCUUCAAAAGCAGGAGACCACUUAUGAACUUGAAGCUCUUCACAAUGGUUGUCCAGUGACUUUUGGUCGACCAGAAAGUGAAUUUUUCAAGGAGGAUGAUCCAUGUUUCCCAUGACCAUCAACUGCCCCUAAUUUACCUCUUCGUUCGACUUCUUUUAUCCAUGCCUCUCUA